UCCGUCUGGAGUCAGUGCCAGAGGCAGAGUGGAGGAGCACUCAGCUCUGGCAGGAGAACCAAAGAAAAUCUCUAUCGCAGCUGGGAGGCUUUUCACAGUCUGCAUCUGGACGCACGGGAUCACGCUUCAACAUCCAAGUUCGCGAUUAGGACAGGUUUUCUUAUGACGUUUGCAGCUAUAAGGAGACAUAUGUGUGUCGUGCCAGUGGCAUUCCCUCCUCUCCAUGCAAAGGGAAGAAAGUAUGAGCUGGUGAUCUAGUGAACAUGAGCGCGUAAAACCUCUUCUCUUCGGUUUCCUCCCAUCCUCCUUUUACAAUGGUCAUCUUUCUAUACACAGCUCUGCUUUUUGGUUUCAAACAGUCGCUCAGCGCUGAGCUGAAAUCCUCCUGUCCGACACGGUGUGAUGUGAGCAACUGUCCGAGCCCUAGCUGCCCCAGCGGAUACGUGCCCGACCGCUGCAACUGCUGCCUGGUGUGCGCGCAGGGGGAAGGAGACCCGUGCGGCCACGAGGACGAUCUGCCGUGUGGGGACGGACUGGAGUGCAAACUCCCGGCACGAAAAAGACUCUCCAAGGGAUUCUGUCAGUGCAAGUUAAACCAUGAAGUCUGCGGCAGCGACGGGAAAACGUACAUUAACGUGUGCCACCUGAAGGCGAGCAGCAGGAGGGCGCUGCAGCAGGGUCUCCUCGGCAUCACACAGAUCCAGCACGGACCAUGUGACGUCAGCAUAGAUCCUCCACAUGCUGCAAGUCCCCGCUACAAGUUCAACUUCAUCGCUGACGUAGUGGAGAAAAUCGCUCCUGCUGUGGUCCUCAUUGAACUCUACCUCAGGCAUCCUCUUUUUGGUCGGACCAUCCCUUUGUCUAGUGGAUCGGGGUUUGUGAUAUCAGAGAAUGGACUGAUUGUUACCAAUGCCCAUGUAGUCUCCAGCACAACUCCAGUGUCCGGUCAACAGCAUCUUAAGGUACAAAUGCAUAACGGUGACACGUAUGAGGCCAACAUCAAAGACAUGGACAAAAAAUCUGACAUAGCCACCAUCAAAAUCAACUCACAGACAAAGCUGCCUGUACUGUUUCUGGGCCACAGUGCAGACUUACGGCCAGGAGAGUUUGUGGUUGCAAUCGGCAGCCCCUUUGCCCUCCAGAACACUGUCACCACUGGCAUCGUCAGCACUGCCCAGAGAGACGGCAAGGAGUUGGGCCUGCCGGACUCUGACAUGGACUACAUCCAAACAGAUGCUAUCAUCAAUUACGGGAAUUCAGGAGGACCUCUAGUCAAUUUAGAUGGGGAAGUGAUCGGCAUCAACACCCUAAAAGUCGCAGCCGGAAUCUCCUUUGCUAUUCCAUCGGACAGGAUCACUCGCUUCCUUAAUGAUUCCCUUGACAAGCACAACAAGGAUGUGAGUUCAAUAAAGAAGCGUUUCAUUGGGAUAAGGAUGCUGACCAUCACACCAGCGUUAAUGGAAGAGCUUAAGCAGCAGAACUCAGAUUUCCCGAAUGUAACCAGUGGGAUUUAUGUCCAUGAGGUCAUUCCUCACUCACCUGCACAGAAGGGUGGCAUCAAAGAUGGCGACAUUAUUGUAAAACUGAAUGGCAAACCUCUGAUGACAACAGCUGACCUGCAGGGGGCGCUUCACGAGGAGACAGCCCUGCUACUGGAAGUCAGGAGGGACAACGACGACUUGCUCUUUAACAUUGAGCCUGACAUUAUCAUGCAGUAGUCAAUUCCACACACAUUUUUGGUGGAAGUUGUUUUUAUAUGAAAUGCACACAUUUGUCUGUAAAUUGUACCAAAGUAAUGGGAGGACAGUUUGACUUAAGAACGAAAUGGUACAAACUAGUUUUGAGAUUUACAACUGUACCUCUGGCCUGUCCAGCCAGGUCAACCCUGUUAAAAUACCCUGCUGAGUCAGGGUUAAAGGGAUAGUUCAGUUUUUUGUGUGGUUGUGUGAGGUAGCCAGUGCGAACUGAUUUUAGCCAUUGAAGAAAAAAAACUCUCCUAAUAAAUUCUAUUCCUGCCUAACACUUGAUUCACACACUGGAUGUGUGAAUGUGUGAACCAACAUUUUGCAGGGUGUGCGCGUGUCUGCUGCAUUUCUCUCUCACUCUGCGUCUCCCCACACCACCAGUGUGAUUAUGAAUUCACUAUCUGAUUUAUUUCUGAUAGAUAAUGUUACAUGAUUUUUGUUGACUCAGAUGGAGAGAGAGAGAGAAGCACUAAAACUUCAAUAAGGUGUCAGUUUUAUGUAAUCAUGCUGGUAGAAUAUCAAUGUUAUCAUCAACGGUUCUUCUCUUUGUUCAGUUUUUGCUGGAAGCCACAUGCGUCACAUGUAAAAAAUAGAUGAGAUGCUGAAACGUAAGCGUAGAUGCGCCUGAAACAUCUCCUGUGUGCAGUGUAAACACACAAAUCUGUGCACAUGAAAAACAUGAUGGAACCUAGCAGCAGGGCUAGGGUUAGGCUUGGUUAACGUGUCCUCGUAAACCAAGCCUGAGUCUACAAUAACUUCCGAAUAUGUUAAUGGCUUUAUGUCACUGUUAGAAAGCUUUUCUCAAGGACGUUUGAGCUGCAUUGUAAACUGCUUACUCUCCCGCAAUAAGACCAAAGUCAAAAUCACUCAUUUCAAAUCACAGCACAUAGGAGUUGUUGAAUCAAUAAGUUAAGAUGUGGAUUUUUAUGACUUUGGUCUUUGGUUAGGGAAAUGGACAUGGAAACUUCAACAGACAGAUAUUAAUGGGUGAACCUUGUGUUAAGUGGCUUAAAUCAGUUUUUCUUUGUGCCUUUCCUGACACGCAUUUUAUCAUUGAAAGUAGGCCUCUGUCUCAGGCUGGUACUCAGUGCUACCUAUGUGUUAGUAUACCACCAUACUUCAGAAAACCUGAAAUAUCCCUUUAACCUCUCAUUUUUUGUCAAGCCUUACUCUAAUCUGUCCCAACUGGGCCUCACGAGCAUUGGUCUGACAACCAUGUGCUCACUGGUUACUUUCUCCACUAAACCAGUCCAAAAACAUGCAAUGUGGGGAUUAGGUAAAUUGGGCACUCUAAAUUGACCGUGAGUGUGAGAGUGAAUGGUUGUUUGUCUCUAUUGUCUCUCCUGCGAUGGACUGGCGAACUGUCCAGGGUGUACCACGCUGAUCGCCCGAUAUAGCUGAGAUUGGCACAGCAGCCCCCGCGACCCUCUGGUGGAGGAUAAAGUGGUAGAUGAUGAUGACUGACAGUUCAGUAGAGUUUUAUUAAUAUAUCUGACUUAUACAUGAACAUACAAACAACUUUCUUUUCAUGCUACCAAUGGUUUUAUAUAAUAAUUGAUAUUGAAAAGUCGAGAAUGGGAUGAUUUCCAAAAUGCUCUCAAACACUUUCCUUCAUUAUCCUAUUGUUACUUGCAUGGCCCAGGCAGAGCUAGCAACCAAAUUAGUUGUUACAUUCACUCGUUUUUUUUACCACUUAAACCUCUACAUGAGGGUUGUGGUGGCUGAAACCAAACCAAGCUAACAUAGGGCUGAGGUCACCAGUCCAUGGGCAACUCUCUCACAUUUAAUUGGAAACUUUGAGUUUACCUAAUCAAUUAAGAUAAUCCCCACACUGCAUGUUUUUGGGACUGUGUCAGAAUACCCGGAGAAAACCCAUUGGGAGAGCAUGCAAAUUUUGAACUGGUGACCUUCCUGAUGUGAGGAAACAAUGCUAACUACUGUACCACCAUGUGACCCUUGUUAUAUUCAGGAAAAAUAAAUACCACCAAACCCCAGCCCUUUCCCAGCUCUUGCAGUGAAUGAUAACAAACACGAAAAGAUGUGGGCUGACAUGAACUCCAGUUGGAGAGCCUCAUCACCCCCCAGCCGGUUCGGUUUAAAAAAAACAACUUUGUGCUCCAGAUGUUCCUGCCAUCCACACUACCUUAUCACUGUAGAGCCCCAAAAGGUAGAAGUUUGAAAAUGCUGCUGGCCACGUUUUGUUUGAAAACUCCGGGGAUUUGUAUUUCAGUCUGGAUGAGCAGAAACAGAAAACUUUGUAAACCAUGACACAUGAUCUUAUCAAGCUGUGUGAAAAACAUUUUGUAGCCUAAGGGGCUGUCCACAUGAAGAGAAGUCUAGGUGAAUUAUAGCAAGGUUUUAUCCACAUGGAAACAAUGUUUUGGGAACCUUAAACUGUUAUAUUUUGAAAACAGGUCCCAAAGUUUGAAAAUCUUAAAACCCUUUGCGUCUUCAUGUAGACUGUCAAUACGCUACUUUGAGAAAACAAAGAUGUCAUUGCCCCACCUCUCUCUUGAGCUUGUCUUAUCUGUGUCAUUGUCGUCUUCCUCUUCCUGUGUUUGGAGAUUGUUUGGUCUGUUUGAUUUAUGAUAACUUUUAUUUUCUUUCCUUAGUCACCUUGGCUUUCUUCAUUCUGGCUCUGUUUCUGUUUGGGGGGUGGAUGAAGACAUUGCGUGAUAUAAAUGAUGUUGUGUUUACAGAAAACCUUUUAAAAAUGACAAAGAAAAGUAUUGUUUACGUUUCUGUGUGUUUAGGGCCUAAAUCUGGGCUCAGAGAUGACAUUUCCUCUACUGUAUGUGCUUUCCUCAAUUUAGAGCAGUGGUAGACUCAUGAUGGGUCAGUAGUUACAUAUGAUAGUUUUUGUAUUAUAUUCGAAUUAUUUGUGUCAGAUAAAAAGAGAAUCAUGAUGCAUCAUUUAUGUUCAAUUGCAAAGUUCUUGACGAUAAAAGUUCCAUGUGUAAGAGUUGUUAGAGAUACUGUCUUUGUCAAAACCUGUGUGGCAGCAUUGGCACUGUAGCGUGGCUCAUGGUUCAUGUGGGUCCUGAAUGCAGAAGCAAAUGUGAACUGUGUGUGUUGAAUGAGAAGCACAACGUGUUUUCAUAGUGUUGCCAAGGCACUCUGGUGCAGGAGUGCUGCUCAGCUCUUUGGACUAUAGCAUCAUCACUGUUGCUGCCUUGGUUCAUGAUUGUCUUCCUUUUAGUGUGAGUUGAUUCCUCACUAAACCAAAUGUAAAUUGCCAGCGAAGCAACACUCUACAACCCAUUUGGAAUUAACUCUGUUUACUUAAUAAAGUUUCCACAAAUUCUCACAA